UGUCGCACAGGUGUCUGUCAGCUCGUGCCGUUGUGUCAAAUGCCGAAAACUCCAGAUGAUAAACUAAGUGCCCGAUGACUGGAAUAUGUCCUGGGACUCCUAAAGCUUCCGGGACUGUUUGCGGACGCUGUGGGAACGAAAAAAAGGCGAAAAAAAAACAAAGACAGCAGAGCUAACCGGUCGCAACGUUAACAUGUUAGCCUCAGCGCGACAGGUGCACCGCAGCGUCGAGAUCUGAGACUUCGACCUUAUCUUGUUUUGAUCAAGACAGCUUUUGCAGCUGUGAAAACCAAGUGUUUUAGCUUUGUACGAGGACAAUAUAUACGUAUUUACAUUAUCAAGCUCAUCUCUCUGGCCUUGCAGCCUGAUUACUGACAUGGCCUCGGCCAAGUCAGAGUCCAGCGUCCUGCAAGAGGAGCUCACCUGCCCGGUGUGUCUGGACUUGUACCGUGACCCCCAUUUGCUUCCUUGUGGGCACAACUUCUGCAAGAACUGCCUCGAUCACCUAAAGCGGCAAGCGGAUCGAGGUCGCCUCCGCUGCCCAGAAUGCCGCGACAGCCACCGGUGUGGUACCAGCUUUCAGAAAAAUUUCAAACUAGCCAAUAUUGCUGAUGACUACCGUCAUAGACGCAGAGCUACCACUGCAGCUGCCACAGCUUUAAAGUCCAGAGAACUGCUAUCGUGUUCACUGGCAGCACGGCCAACCAGGGGUGUGUUUGCUGUUCCAUGUGACUACUGCCCCUCAGUCGCCGCCGAGGCAUCAGGCAUCAGUGGUGCUCGGGACGGGUCCUCUGCUGCUUCUGUUUCUCAGGAAGGAGGAGACAGGCAGGAAGCUGCUGCUGCUGCUGCUGUGUCAACAUAUGCAGUCAAGACGUGCCUGAAGUGCGAGGUGUCUAUGUGCGAGGAGCAUGUAAAGCCACAUCUGGAACUGCCGGCGUUUUGCGAGCAUCCGCUGACAGAACCGAUAAACGACUUCUGGAAGAGGAAGUGCCCAGAGCAUGAUGAGAUAUACAGAUACUACUGCAUGGACGACAAGGUGUGCGUGUGUAACGCCUGCACCAUAGAAGGAGAGCACUCGGGACACACAAUGAAGACCCUGAAAAACACGAUGAAGGAUCUCAAGGGCACGCUGGAUAAGCAGCUGUAUAGGGUUGACAGGAAGUACAGCAUGACAGAGAAGAAACUCCAGGAGCAGAAGGAGAAGGAGAGACAGAACAAGAAGUUCAUGGAUGACUCUGAGCAGUGCUUGACCAGGCUGGGUGAGGACAUGAAGGGCAAGGUACUCAGCUUCGUCCACAGGUUGCGAGACUGCACACGCACUCACUGUGAGACCAAUGGGCCGGCAAUUCAGAAGAACAUCUCCAGGAUCUGCCAGGACCAGGCCCGUCUCCAGGAGGCUCGCUGCGGCAUGGAAAGCCUCAUGCAGGAAAACGAUCCUUUCCGCUUCAUUGAGGCGUACAAGACAACAGGAAAACAGUGCCGUAGGCAGCUAAGAAAAAACAUGUUCUACCCAGAAUAUGUCGACAUGGAGACGGAGGUUCUUGUAACAAUGAUGGAAGAAGAAAUGAGAAAAUUCCUGGAUGAUGAACUACCAUGUCACAUUGUUGCUGCCAUUAAUUCCAUGUGUCAUCUCUCAGAUCUCGAGGAAGAGGAGGAGCAGGAGGAGAAUGAGGAAGAGGCUGUGGAUGAAGACGAUGACGACGACUUCGAUGACAGCAGCGAGGAAGAAAUGAGGAGUGAGGGGGAGGAAGAGGAAGAUGAGGAGGAGGAGGAAGAGGAGGAGGACGGACAUGACCAGCUGGCUGAUGAUCUUUACAGUCCAGGGGAGGAGGAGGAGGAAGAGAGUGAAGAGGAAGAAGAUGAGGACGACGACGAUGAUAGAGAAGAGGAAGAUGAGGAAGAGAGGGGAGUUUAACUGAGGACAUGAUUUGUUUACAUAUAUUUUUACACCUUUUGAAGCACUUUGAAUUUGAUCCUUAACUGUGGGUGAGUGCAACAGAUGUUAUGGUUUUAGUGUCUGUUUUAGUGUUGCACCCAUCUUCUCUUUGAAUGUCCCACACACAAAACACGACUCGAGCAGCUGCCAAUUUUUGCCUCAAACCCUCCCACAAUACUAUGAGACAUAGUGGAUGAUAACUUUGUUUCAGCUGGAUAUAAAACUAACUGUGCACUGAGAAUCUGCCAUUGUGAAUCUCAUGCUAAACCUGUGUUGCAUACUACUAACUUAAUUAAGGUGCUUUUUGUUAGAAGAUAUUUGCUGUAUACGUACACACAUGAAUGUCAAUGUGUAAUGACAGAAUGUGGCUGGAAGGACUCAAACACUUGAAAAUGAAUUUGGCAAAACCUCUGCACAUCUGUGAUGCCAGAUUUUCUACCACUUGGGUAAAAAUUUUCCAAAAUGUGACAUAGUUGACUUUACAGCACUGACAGACUUUAACAAAAUUGUUUUAAGAACUUUCACCUGAAUUUUUAAUAGAACAACAGGUACAAAACAGAGAGAUGUCUUUCACAGACAGAUCCUCUGAAAUUAUUUCCCUAUAACUUACCAGGCAAUGAUACAAAAAUGUCUGUGUUCCUUGAGUUUCCCAGUUUUCCAUCACCAUAGAAAGCCUUCUUAAUUAGAAUCCUUGUAAACAGGUCAAAGCUCUGUCCUGAAAGUUAUAUGGUUAAACAAAUACACCAAGCUGGUAACAAUCUACUUGAAUGAGUCCUUUGUGUAUGGAUUGUUGUGAUUGUUUAAUUCAUGCUAGAGUUGAACAUUGCAAGCCAAAGAGUGAGGAUGUACUCUUCAAAGUGCAUGGGUACUUUUGAAGAGUUUGUUUGCUUGGCAUGAUGUUAGAAAAAGAAAUGCAGUGUGGUAAUAACAGUUUACAUAGGCUACAGGAUGACUUUUGCUUUUCAUAAUUCAUAGUGCUUUAAAAGCAAUUAAUGCAUUGUUAAAAUAUUCCUAUGCACUCUUCAUACAUUAUUCUUAAAAUAUCAGUUUCAGGUGAUGUGGAAUUUUGCACUUUACUACAAAAAAAUGCUAUGUUAGGCCUGAAAUAUAUGAAUGUUGAAAGCUGAUUUUUAUUUUGAUAUGGUUGAUUUUGUGAGGGGCCAAACUAAAACAAAUAAUACAUGAAAAUAA